UUCAACCCUUCUUCGAUCGAGCUCUAGUACGCACCGCAGCAGAACCAUAGAGCCAAUUAAACGCAUGUAGCUUUAUUUUGUUUUUUUUUCCUGUCGAUAAAUUGUGCUAGUGGCUAUUCCAUCAUGAUCCUAAGGAACUUCGCUGUCCGGCUCAGCGUGCCGAAGUGUUCUACUUCCACCAUUAAUUCUUCGUCUCGCACAUUUUCCUAUCGAGCUCCUCACCUAUUCCCAGCCAAGCCUCGACGUCCCAUCCAACCGAAAGCGAAAGUACCUCCUCCAAAACCGUCACGAAAUUCUUCAAUCCCAACAGAGCUUAAAUUCAUGGGCAGAUGGUCUAAAAGUCUUGAACAACUCACAGCCGAAGUUAUUAAAAAUGGCAAGGUUGUGCUUUUUGAAGCCCCAUCGCAAAGGAGUUACAUAUGGAGCGCAUAUGGCAUUUCGGCGGUGGCUUUUGCCUGGGUCGUUAAUGUUUCGACUUUGAAUUUUGGAAAUGACAACCCUGCAUGGCAGAAACCUCUAUUCAACGGUGUAUGCAUUGCGGUUAGCAUGAUGGCUGCUGUCGUCAUCGGAAGAACGUCAAGACUGAUUAAGACGAUCACCGCAGUCGGUUCAAAAGGCCAAGUUAAUAUUGAGAUCAAAGUACGCUCAAUGGUGCCGUUCCGAAAGCCAUACACCAUUACAAGCACACCUCGUCAAAUCAACUUCGCGCGGCAGCUCCCAGUAGAUCCUCGUCGCGUCACUUCAGAUGGCCAACUACAACCCAUCACAAUGCAAGUCUCAUUUUUCAAAAGCCCGUUGAAAGCUGUGAGCUACCUUUUUUUCAAAAUAUUUUUGUCUAUCCGUCGAGUCUUCACCCAGGAAGACUUUGCCCUGGUUGAAAUGCAGGGGAAAAGGGGAACAUACCGAAUAGAUUCCAACGGAUCCAUCUCUAAACUUCUGUGGGCGCUCGGAAAUACUCCAAUGGAGACGCAAAAGUAGAGGCAGAAAUGGGAUCUUAAACCAAAUCACUUUCUUUUCAUGUAAAUAUAGUCGAAACUACCUGUAUUAUUAUUCUGAUACCACCAUGUUCAUGAUCUCAUAUUGAGCUGUUUUGAUGUACACAAUCUGACCAAAUAGUCGAGGGUAGGAGGACUUCAUGUUAGCUUAGGUUGAUUCAAUUGAGCAGCAAACAGGAGCAAAGUGAAUCUACUAAAUCAAACCAAGGCAACUACAUAAAUCAAG